CUCGACGGCCCCGGGCAGCGAACGCAGCGGCGAGAGCGACUUUGUGCCCUCGGUCAACUUCGACGACUUCGCCAACAGCCUCGCCUACGAGCCCACCCUGAGCGACUUCCCCGUGCCCGGCGGCUUCACGAGCGCCGUGCCUGCCCCCGCCCACCCCUCGCCCAUGGCCCCCUUCACCGCUGCCUCGGCCGAGUCGCGCCCGGCACGCAGCAACUCGCUGAUGCGCCGCUUCAGCCAGUCUGCCCAGCGACAUCCACACCCACCUGCUGCCAGCUCUGCGCCGCCCGACCCCACGGCCAUGCCGCCGCCGCCAGCCACCAACAUGGCCAUCCGCUCACGGCGCCAGAGCCACUUUCCCGCCCAGCCGCCGCCGCCCAAUCCUGCUGCACGCGCGCCGCGGAAGAGCGUUGGCCCUGGCACCAUGCCGACGGGCAGCUUCGAGAGCCGCCACGAGAUGCCCAGGCUGAACGGCGACAACAUCCAGACGCGCGUUGGCCGAGCCCCGUCUGUGGGCGCAGGCAGUCGGCGUGAGGCCCUCGCUGCCAACGCCAACAGCACCGCUGCCCUCCCCGCAUACGCGAACACCACACGCUCCGCCAAAGCAAAGUCGUUCCACUCGCCCGCCAGGCAGUACUCUGGGCACCUGACCGCCGCGUCCAUGACGCCAGACCAGGCCGCGAUGCCCUACAACCAAGCUCGCUCGCCGGGCAAGCCCCCUGCACAGCGCAGCCAUACGCCCUCGUCUUCGUCGAGCAAGCGGCAGUCCACCCUGCCGCAUCUCUCUGGCCUUGGCGCGAGGACCAUCAGCCCCACCGACGCUCGAAGGCUCAGGAGGCUGUCCAUGAACCCAGGGACGAAGCCUCCAGGGGGCCCGGUCGGUCCGCCCACUCCGCAGGGCGAGUUCCCGCCGGAAGAGCGCUCCUUCAGCCAGUCGCCAGCCAUCGUCUUCCCCAGCAGCGUCACACCGUCGUCGACCUGCGCGACGCCCGAACAAAACCGCAAGUCCUAUGCUUCUGGCGUCUCACAGUCCUCUAGCUCCAGCCUCAACUCCCUGAAAGUCGGUGGCUCGAACCUACCAUUACGUGCGAAUCCUACACUGUCUAGCUCGCGACUGCCCACACCAAAACAGAGGAACGUCCACAGUUCAGCGGCUGGCGAGGAAGAGGAUGUGCCCCCUGUGCCAGCCAUCCCCAAAGCCUACGAAUCGCCAAAGGACCCCGAACGCUCCAGCUUCACAUUCACAACGCCGUCGUCGAAGAUGGGUGUGCCUCCACUACCUUCACAAGAACCUGCCGUCUACACGAACGCCAACGCUGCUGCGAGCCAGAGCGCUGAAUCCGUGGGUCCCGGUCCUGAUCCUGCGAACAUGAACACCUCGCAGAGGAGUACAGGGUCGAUCAGGCACAGGAGGGGCUUGACCGUGGGUUCUGGUUCCGAGCCUGACAGAGCUCCUGCAGCGCAACAUUCGACCAAGAAAAACCUCCAACCCAUCAGACUUCCACCACUGAAUUUGCUGCCGCUUGGCACGCCACUCAACAAUCGCAUGUCGUCUUUCCCGGCUCCCUCUGCUGAGGUUGACCAUCGUAAUGUGACGCCCCCACCAAAGCGUGCAGUCAACAAGACACCCAGCACACCUAUGACGGCCUCGAAAGCCACUUUCUUCUCCAAGACCGCUGCCCAGGAUCAGUACGAGUUUGGUAAACAACUCCGCAGCAGCAGUUCUGCUGUCAACCUGCGGGGCACAAAACCUUUGCUUGACAACACGGCUACAUUGGAGAGCAUGCCCAUCCCUACUCUCCACCCUGGACGCCAGGCCACAACUCCUUUCGCCUCGAACUCACUGCCCAAAGGUAGUGGUGAAUUUGCUCGCCUUAACAGGCAACCAAACGAUGAACACAAGUUCGCCGACAAGGAUGUGGAGUUGCAGAGUACGAGGGUUGCUGGGCCCCGUCCGUUGCAGAAGAAAGACACGUCAGACUCUGUACAUACGUCUACCUCGACCGAACCGGAAACACCUACCUCCGGCUCGUCGCUAAGGCGUAAGCUCAGUUUGGGAGGUUGGCGACGAGGGAUGUCUUCCAAGGCGGCAUCCCACCCUACAAACAGUACUCACACUCGGAAGGAUUCUCAGAAAUCUGACGAACUGGCACCACAGCCACCAAAACAUGCCGAUAUGCCUCCACCUCGAGUACCCGCCUCUGUGACCUCGAGUGGUCCAACUGCUACGAGCCCAACCACAACCCCAACUUCAGCCACCAGUCGCAUUCGACCAUCUCUAGACUUCGGACGCCGCAAAACAUCCACAGCGACGCUCGCGAGUGAAACGGAUGUCGAAAAGCCCAGCCCAAGAAAGGGUGCUGGUACUGCGGGCAGCACUGCGAGCACGCGUACGGCGUCCAGCAAUAAUGAGCAACCUCGAAGCCAGCCAGCGCCAAAAUCGGGCUCCUCCCUAUUGACACCAAUGCAGCGAAUACUGGGCUCCAAGAGUUCCUCCAAUGUGCUCAGGGCUCGUAACCUUGACCCGAACCUUGAUAAGGACGAGGCCAUAGCGGACGAAGAAAUGAGGAAACUCGCUUCUAAACGGAAAGACUUUGAGCACGCCGCACGCGAUGUGGACGAGCUCCGCAAGCGUGCGAAGCCUCAAGAACGUGUCACCCCAGUGCAGGCCUUGCAGAUGGUUAGCUUGAACAUUUUCGAGCGGGGAGAGAUCAUCGAUUACAAGGAGGUGUACUUCUGUGGGACAAAGGGUGCGAAGAAGCAUGUCGGCGACUUGAAUGCGCAGACUGCCAACUUUGGGUAUGACGAUGAUCGAGGCGACUACAAUAUCGUUUUUGGUGAUCAUCUUGCCUAUCGGUACGAAGUCGUGGAUCUUCUUGGCAAAGGUAGCUUUGGACAGGUUGUGCGAUGUGUUGACCACAAGACGGGAGGGCUUGUCGCGAUCAAGAUCAUCCGAAACAAGAAGCGGUUCCAUCAGCAGGCUUUGGUUGAGGUCAACAUCCUGCAGAAGCUGCGCGAAUGGGAUCCCGAAAACAAACACAGCAUGAUCAACUUCACGCAAAGCUUCUACUUCCGAGGCCAUCUGUGCAUAUCCACCGAGCUUCUUGGCAUGAAUCUGUACGAAUUCAUCAAGGCUCACGACUUCAAAGGCUUCUCGCUCCGUAUCAUCCGUCGAUUCUGUAAGCAGAUGCUUGCUUCGCUGGUCCUCUUGAAAGGGCAUCGCGUUAUCCACUGCGACUUGAAGCCUGAAAACAUUCUGCUCGCGCACCCGUUGCAUUCGGAAAUCAAGGUUAUCGACUUUGGUUCCAGCUGUUUCGAGAACGAGAAGGUUUACACGUACAUCCAGUCGCGAUUCUACCGUUCGCCUGAGGUCAUCUUGGGUAUGAGCUACGGCUUGCCAAUUGACAUGUGGAGCUUGGGAUGCAUCCUUGCGGAGCUUCUCACAGGCUAUCCCAUCUUCCCAGGUGAGAACGAGCAAGAACAGCUUGCUUGCAUCAUGGAGAUCUUCGGCCCUCCGGAGAAGCACCUGAUCGAGAAAAGUAGCAGGAAGAAGCUUUUCUUCGACUCUCUUGGAAAGCCGAGGGUUACAGUCUCGACGAAAGGACGACGUCGCCGACCGAGCUCGAAGACAUUACAGCAGGCCCUUAAGUGCGACGACGAAGCCUUCCUUGACUUCAUAUCGCGUUGUCUCCGAUGGGAUCCUGAACGGCGGAUGAAGCCUGACGAGGCUAUGCAACACGAGUUUGUUACUGGAAUACGCCGAACUCCAAGGCAGAGACAGCCAGUCAACGCAAGUGCGCCAUCGCCGGCCAAGCGAGUGCCUUCGUCGCAAACAGCACCAGCACAACCCCGCGUGCGACCUCUCCCGGAGCCUCCCACGACAAGCUUCAAAAAUAACGCCGCAGUGAACACGAGCCGAGAACGUUUGCCGAGCAAUUCACCCGUCAAAGCCGGUGCUCCGCAGCGUCGCCAUUCGACCGCCCAGGGACAGCCCGGAGCAGCGGGUGUCAAACGUGCCGCGAACGGAGCCCCGCUGAACGUCUCCAGCGGCCUCCCGCGAGUCGCACAACGCAGUGUCUCGGGCAAGCCUGAUCUGGCUUCGGCGGCGGCAAUCGCCAGUCUCAAAGGGCGUUAAUCUCCAUGAAUACAUCUUGAAUGAUAACAAAUGACUAUGUGUGCAUAUCAAUGAGUCUUACAAUAUUUAAUGCAGUUCUUUUGGUCGUGAGAAGGGGGGGGCAAGGGUCAGUUGUCAUGUUUUGGCGCGCAUGCUUUGAAAUCAUCAACGACAUUUAUACCCGAAAAGCAUCUUCCAGCCACGCGACGUUCUCGGUCUGGGGCUGCCCGUAUCUUUACUGUCGAGGGUAUUGGAUAGGCGAUGAUAGCGUGGAUAUUUGGGUGAUGGAUGAUGAUGGACAUAAAGUGGCGUUUUUUUUUUACUAUUCUAGGUCUAUAGACGGAUGUCAAUGUGCAGAGCUGAUACUGCUCACGGGCAGGUGGAAAAAACCUCGUGCUCGCGUGUGGAGUCAUAGCAGUUAAUCCCCUCUGUCCACCCACAACAAAACU